AUGUCUUUCAGGUUUGAAAGACCUCUAAUUCCCGAAAACGAAACGGACGGUCAUCACGACAGAACAACCCCCGGCUUCACGCUGCUACCACCUGAAAAAGACAUGUCCACGCAGUCAGUUCCCGAUAGUUUGCAGGCAUCGAGAGGGUACAACUCGUCGCGUCACAUCUACGGGCAAAAUGUCCCUAGGCCGCCUUUGAUGGAGAAGGCUCUGACCAAUACUGACAAGUUCAUACAAAUUCAUAACGGUGAUUCGGGACAGCUGCGGUCGGACCAGAACGACGAAGCUAUCAGUCUGAGCAGCGACGACAACAGCGCGGACACCUCAGGUUCUAACAUGUCUAUCAAAGAAAUGACCAUGAACGAGGCAAUGCGCAGAAGGCAAGAGGAAUGGGCAGAGCGGGGGGCCGCGAAGAUUGUCAAGGAGGUGGUUAACCCUGAAACUGGCGUUACAGCUCGACACGUCAUAAAAAAAGGGAUCAAGGAUUUCAAAUUUGGUGAAGUUUUGGGCGACGGCUCCUAUUCAACUGUUAUGCUUGCGCGUUCUAUUGACAGCGGGAAGAAGUACGCGGUAAAGGUUUUGAACAAGGAGUAUUUGAUCCGCCAAAAAAAGGUGAAAUAUGUUAACAUUGAGAAGAACACAUUACAGAGGCUCAACGACGGUAGAGGAAUCAUCAAGCUCUACUUCACUUUUCAAGAUGAAGCUAGCCUUUACUUCUUGUUAGAAUACGCUCCAAAUGGCGAUUUCUUGUCUGUCAUCAAAAAGUAUGGCAGUUUGAACCAAGAUUGUUCAGUUUAUUACUCCGCACAGAUUCUCGAUGCAAUCGACUAUCUGCAUCAAAAAGGUGUCAUUCAUAGAGACAUCAAGCCAGAAAAUAUUCUUUUAGACAAGGACAUGAAGGUCAAGUUGACUGACUUCGGUACCGCGAAGCUUGUGGAAAAAGACGAAACCACUCAGACGUACAACUUACUGGAAAGAUCGAAGUCAUUCGUAGGGACUGCCGAAUAUGUUUCUCCAGAGUUGUUGAAUGACAACUAUGUCGACUACAAAUGUGAUAUUUGGGCAUUUGGUUGCAUCCUCUUUCAAAUGAUCGCGGGAAAGCCUCCUUUCAAAGCCACUAACGAAUAUCUCACAUUUCAGAAAGUUAUGAAAGUCCAAUAUGCAUUUACAGCGGGGUUCCCACUGAUUAUAAGAGACCUGAUAAAGCAGAUCUUGGUCAAAAACCCGGAACAAAGGUUGGACACACUUCAGGUUAAAAAGCAUCACUUUUUCAAGGACACAAACUUCCACGACGGCAGUGUUUGGGACACAGACCCUCCAGAGAUUGCACCAUACAAAAUAACAGCGAAAGCUAUGCAACCAGUUCCUGCAUUGAAAGAAGCAAAGCCUCACCUUAUUAUCAACAUGCCUAAGAAAACUCCGCGCUCAAGCUCUUCUUCUCUGCCCACCACACCAGAGCCAACUCCUGACAACAAAAAGCCGGUAGCCUCCAAGCCUGCAUCUGAUGCGAGAACCGCUCAAAUCUUGGAGAACGCAAAGCGUGAGAUAAAUAAUAGGAGGCAGAACAACCGAAGGACCACCAGCGCCGCUUCUGCUGCUGCGCAAGCCUUAAUGAAAAAGGCGCCUAAAUCUUCGCCAGCGACAUCACUGUCAAAGCGAACGGACGCGUCUCAAGAUGGUGCCCCUGGGAAAACUGCUUCACCAAGGCCUCCUCAUACAGCGCCCGCUGCGCGUUCUUCCGAUCGUGCCUUACCCUCUGCUGCUAUUUCAACAGCCAUGAAUCUGGCACCAGCAGUGCCUCCGAUGUCUAAAACUGAUAUAUUAUGGUCUUUUUACCUGAAGAGUCUCGACGAGAGAGUGUUAAAGAUGGGAGAGCUUGAAAUGACUACUUCAAAAACUUCAUUCCUCGAAAAGCGCAUCAGUAAGUCGGGCGCAUCUUUAGUUGACCCAGAAAAGUCGUCACAGCGUACUACUUUACUUUCGCAAGUUGCACGUUCAGGUGGCGGCGUUACUGGCUUUCGGAAUGAAAGUGCCAACAGCGUGCUUUCUGAAAAGGGUUACUACUUAGAAUGGGAUAUCCCAGAAGACGUAGUAGCUGACCUUUUCAAAAAGCCUACCACAGAGGAUACUGAAACACAUGCUGUUUCUAAUAAGUUCAAGAAGCUUUUCCAGGUUAAGGCAGAAGACACCGAAAAACCUGAGCUCUUGCCAGGUAGCGAGUUUUUGAGGAAAGUUGCUGUUAUAACCACAUUUGGACGCUGUUUGAUUUUUGUUAAGAGAAACAAACUGCAGCCUGAGACCAAUCUUUUCUUUGACCUCGAAUACGAUAUCAAUCUGUCCCAAAAAGGAACCAAAAUCAAAGAAAUUGUGGGAGGGAGACCCCAGGAUACAAAGGAGAUGAACUUCGUGAUUGAAACGCCUUUCAAGUCGUUCAUUUUCAAGUGUGACACAAGCGACACUACGUGGUUGCCAUCCUUGACAAAAAGCGUCAAAUUGAACCACGACCGGUUAUUACUGAAAAACAAAGCUGAGGAUCCUAGUGGUAUAGCUAGCAGAGCGGCGCAACUUGCAAGCCCUGGACUCGCAUCGACCGCUUCAUUUGGAAGUGAAGCAUCGUCAACUUUUGUACGAGCUUCGCCUAAGUCUCCAUCUGUACCCAAAUCUUCUUCCCUUACCAAGUCACCAUCAAAGAGCUCAUUUGCUUUAUCUGCCUCGCUCAACUCUGCAGGCGGGAAGCAGGAGCGGCUUUUCGACACUUUUGUUAGCUCAAAGGGCAAGCAGGGCAAGAAACUUGCGAAGCCAGUUCCUCUUUCUGGAAAACUUGUGAACGGCCUUCCAACUGAGUCUCUUUUGAAUGACAACCAUAGCAUGCAGCCCGACUUUUCUGCGAAGAAUGGGCACUCCAUUGGCGGGAACUCAAGAGUUAUUUCCGGUAAAAGUUCACGGAUGCUCGCGAGGUCGGACAGGCCACUAAGAAGGUGA